GUGCCAAACUAGACAGGCCUUAGGAAAUUUCUCGCUGGCCCGUCGCGGUUCUUGAUUGAGAUUAACAGCCACAGCAAGAGCAGGAGGAGCUCAACACAGUCUCGACAGCGGGCAGGCACAGCUGCAUCCCAUCCUGCAGCCCGAUUUCUGCUUCGCUUCUGCACAGCGGCCAUGUCACGGUGCCAGCAGGUUGGGCAGCCCAUUCUGCGGUCCAUACGGCAACAGAGCUAUAGCUACAGUGCAACGACAUGCUCGAUCCGAUACUUCACAUCAACGCCCCGGCGUCGCGAUGACCGUCCGACCCUGCAAACGGGCUCUGAGCCCCAGAACCCAAUCGAGGUAGCGCUGCUGGGCGCCACCCCACUGACGGGAGUACCCUCCAAGGCGUGGACACCAGAGCAGAUGGCAUCGUUCACGUCGCCCGAGCACGGAUCGCGGAGGAGGCGGGCCGCCAUGGCCACGAGCGGCAACAUCCCCUUCGAGCAGCUGCCAUACCAGUGCUUCCAGGAGGCCCGCAAGAUCCUCGCCGAGGACCGUGCCGAGAAGAUCGCCAAGAUUGCUGCCACAAUGACAAAAAUCAAACACACCGAAAGCAAGGACGCCAGCCAAUUCCGCGGCGGAGAGCACUACAGGCAGAAACGGUUGGCCGCUCUGCGCACCUAUGUCGAUGAGCUCAAGGUCCUAGCCGACAUCAAUGACCCAAUAGUGAAGCGCCGCUUCGAGGACGGGAAGGGCGACAUGACCAAGCCCGUCUACCGCUACCUCGCCGAGAAGAAGUGGCACGCCAUGGAUCACAAGAUCAUAAAGCAGCGCAUACACCAGUUCCACAUUGUGCCCGACAUCCUUCCCAAGUUCGAGCCGACGGUCGACCUGAAGCUGUCCUUCCGCAGCUCCCCCGUGCAGCCGGGCGCCAUCCUCGACAGCGCCAUGACCGAGGUGCCGCCGGCGAUCCGCAUGCAGGUGUUUGACAAGGGCGAACGCCUGAUGACCAUCGCCGUCAUCGACUCAGACGUGCCCGACGCCGAGUCGGACGGCUUCAAGUGGCGCUGCCACUUCCUGGCGGCCAACAUCCCGUGGGACCCGACCAAGACGCACCUGGCGCUGCGCCACAUCGGCGUGCGGGCCGAGGGCGACGUGGCCGUGCCGUGGCUGCCGCCGCACUCGCAACUCGGCUCCCCGUACCACCGCCUCAGCGUCUUCGUGCUGCAGCAGAGGCCCGACGAGACGCUCGACGUGGCCCAGCUCAAGGAGCUGUACGACGGCGACGCCGAGAGCCGCAAGGCGUUUGGCAUCAAGGGCCUCCGCGACCGGUUCGGCCUCGAGCCCGUCGGCUUCAACAUGUUCCGCACCGUCUGGGACGACAACACGGCCGCCGUCAUGGAGCGCCACGGCAUCCCCGGCGCCGACAUCGAGUUCCGCCGCGCCCGCGUCACCACGAUGAAGCAGCCUCGCAAGGCCAAGGGCUGGGAGGCCAAGAGGCAGAAGCCAAAGUACAGGAGUCUGUGGAAGUACAGCAAGCGCAUCGCGUGAGCGUGAGCGGCAGUCUAUACUUGUAUUGUACCAUAUCUAUAUACCUACUUGUACCAGUAUGUAUCUAAGAAGCUUCAAAUGCCGAAACGUGAGACCUGCGAGGUUAUGUCCCUGGUAUCUUCGUUUCUGUUUGUUCGAGGAAGAUGGUUUUGUAACCUAUCCCUUAUUGGACAGUUUCGUGCUCACGACACCCCGGAAGGACAUACAGCACAAGACGGGCAACCGUAGCAGCAACGUUGCAACGCUCAUGACUUAUGCUUGUAUGCCCCCAGUCAUAUGUUGGUUAUGUAUUUUGCACAGUUGAAAUGAGUGCGUGCUUACUGUGUUAAAAUGACGAGAUGGUCUGGCAUAUACA